UAAACACCGACGCGCUCACGCUACUAGCAUUCUGAAGCUAAACGGGACGGGAAGUAGCAACAUAUUAUUUAUUGUUCUGUAGUAUUUUUACUGACAUAAUUUAGGCGACCUUUUCGGGGACUGAGGGAAGUAUCACCGACCACACCGAGGAGCGAUAAAUCCUGAAAUAAACCAGGAUGUUUAAAAAAUUUGAUGAGAAGGAGAAUGUGUCCAACUGCAUUCAGCUGAAAACAUCUGUCAUUAAAGGAAUCAAAAAUCAGCUUGUGGAUCAGUUUCCUGGCAUCGAGUCAUGGCUCAAUCACAUCAUGCCCAAAAAGGAUCCAGUCAAAAUAGUGAGAUGCCAUGAACACAUUGAGAUUUUGACAGUGAAUGGGGAGCUGCUCUUCUUCAGACAGAGAGAAGGACCCUUCUACCCCACACUCAGACUGCUUCAUAAAUAUCCUUUUAUUCUUCCACAUCAACAAGUCGACAAAGGAGCCAUCAAGUUCGUCUUGAGUGGAGCAAACAUCAUGUGUCCGGGGUUGACGUCACCAGGUGCCAAACUUUACCCUGCCGAAUCGGACACUGUAGUUGCUAUAAUGGCAGAGGGGAAAGAGCACGCACUCUGCGUUGGUGUGAUGAAAAUGUCUGCAGAAAACAUAGAGAAAGUGAACAAAGGAAUCGGAAUUGAGAACAUCCACUAUCUAAACGACGGACUGUGGCACAUGAAGACAUACAAAUGAUGAACCGUUUUCUGGCAAUUGGUUCCAUUCUCCUCACUUCCUCCAAGACAGUCUGGAGCUAUUUAAAGCAUCUGUUUAUACCGAUGGACUUGAGAACAGGCUUGAAAUCAGUCAUGCACAAAUAAAGAGAAACGUUUUCUUUUAAA